AGUCCACUGAGUCGCAGUUAAAUGGAUUUUGUUUUGCGGCCGGGUGACGCAGCUGUUGCUGUGCGAACACCUUAAGGGUGAUAUCAGGGCUUUCUGCAAGGAUCAAGGAGACGAAAGCAGAAAGUAUAGGCCCCUAUGGCCUCCAGCCAAAGAGUACCACGGAAAAGAAAACUCCCAACUUGGAUGAAACUCAAAACUGAAACAAAAUCUGCACAGACAGGAUUGUCAAAUGGAGUCACCAAGAGCUCCGUUCUUGAAGACUCUUUGCCAGAGUUGAGGUUUACGGGAGGAAUAAUUUACUCACACCAGAAAGAUGACUGCUCUUUGCUCUGCCAGGAUAUAAUCUGUAGCCUGGAAACGCAACAGCACAAUGCUGCAGUGGGGUUUGACAUUGAGUGGCCAGUGACAUACCAGAGAGGUAGAGAGAACAGAACUGCCCUGGUCCAGAUAUGUACUCCAGAGAAACGCUGCUACUUGUUCCAUGUGUCCUGUAUGGGAGAGUUACCUAAAGGUUUGAAAGAGCUGUUGUCUCAUUCCAAGAUAAAGAAGGUUGGUGUAGGGAUUGACAGGUAA